AUGGACGAUUUUAUCUGCCCUUUUUGUCGAAAAAUUCUGUUGAAGCCUAUCACAGUUUCCUGUGGUCACACUUUCUGCAAACCCUGCGUUACCCGCUCUUCAAAUUCCCAGCGAAAAUGCCCAAACUGUGACUCCACAUUUCAAGUUUCCCCACAUAGCAAGCCCAACAUCUUAAUUCAAUCUCUUAUAGAAAAGAACUGGCACCGCUGGCGUUAAUAAACUGAAUAAGUUUAUAAUAUAUUUAUUCUUUUAAAAAAUUUGCCAUUAUUUUUAUAGACGACAAAUUUAUAUCUUUUAAUCAUCGAGCACGAUAAUUUUAUAUAGUAAUUAAUUCAGAAAAGAGCCAUGGGAAGUAAUUUGUUUAAAUGAAUGUACCUUCAGUUUGUAACAUCACUGGUGCCAAAAAGAACUUUCCCAAAGAAUUUAAAAAGCGAAGCAAAGAAACUCCAAGAGAGGAAGCUAAAAGGUCUCUAAAUCCUAUUCCGAUUUAUAUUAAAGAAAAUUUAUUACUAUUUCCAGGGGCUGUAGGAGUAAUAAGCAAUCCAGAAAUGAAAUAUUUGAUGAUGGUGCAGCACGCGAUGAUGGGAAACAGAGUGUUUGGCAUGCUUUCUUCUUAUAAUGGAAGAUGGGUUGGCUCUUUAUUAGAAAUUACGUCACUUGACAUAAAUAACCCUCUAAAUGUAGUUGUACACGUGGUAGCAAAAGAAAGGUUUAUUAUUGAGAAUGUUUUUCCUGAUCAAGAUGAGUCUCGUACAAUUGAUGUAAAUAGAUUAGGGCCAAAUGAAAUUAUUCUGAUAAUAAUAAAUUGUAUUUUUUAUUAUUAAAAUAAAUAAUUAUAGAUACUUAAGACAAAAAAAUAUAAUAGUGAAAGCAUUUAUUUUGGGUGGCCGAUUUUUAUUAGGGAUGCUUAUGAUUACGAACCAGAAAUAAAGGGAGAAAUAUUAAGCUUUGUUGAAGGGUGCAUCAACCUAUUAGGAAUUGAUGAACAAAGGAUUAUGCGAGGAUUAUUUGUGAAUGGCUGUGAUAAAAGCUUCUAUGCUUGUGCAAUGCUGAAUUUGACACAUGAAGAUCUUUUGAAAGCUUAUUUUUCAACCAGCAAAUCUGAACGCUACGAAAUCUGCAGGACUUAUACUUUUGGCAAAAAAAUUGAUAGAAUUCACAUAAGAGAUCAGAGAUAUUCCUGGCUAAAAGCCAAUUUUACAACAAUUAUGAUAGUUUUAGCGUUAUUCGUUAUAAUAUUUUUCGGUCGCAGGUAG